UCGCGCCGCUCUCCCCAGAAAUGUUGUCUAAAGUUGGCGUGCCCCUCCUGGCUGUGCUCCUGGUCUUCCAGUCGAGGGUUGAGGGACCUCAGAUUCCAUCAGAUAUUGAAGCCUCUGGCCACGAGGAUGUGGUCUAUGGCCCUGAGCCACAGCCUCGUGAAAGUGAGCUCCUUGCUGUAGAAACAACACCCACCCCUGAGACUGGGCGCAAAGUUGGCAAACUGCCUGAAGCUUCUCGCAUCUUGAACACUAUCCUGAGUAACUAUGACCACAAACUGCGCCCUGGCAUUGGGGAGAAGCCCACUGUGGUCACCGCUGAGAUCUCCGUCAACAGCCUUGGUCCUCUGUCCAUCAUGGACAUGGAGUACACCAUCGACAUCAUCUUCUACCAGACCUGGUAUGAUGAACGCCUCCGUUACAAUGAUACCUUUGAGACCCUCGUUCUGAAUGGCAAUAUGGUGAGCCAGCUGUGGAUCCCAGACACCUUCUUUCGGAAUUCUAAGAGGACCCAAGAGCAUGAGAUCACCAUGCCCAACCAGAUGGUUCGCAUCCAUAAGGAUGGCAAGGUGUUGUAUACAAUUAGGAUGACCAUUGAUGCUGGAUGCUCCCUCCACAUGCUCAAAUUUCCAAUGGACUCUCACUCUUGCCCUCUGUCUUUCUCUAGCUUUUCCUAUCCUGAGACUGAGAUGAUCUACAAGUGGGAUAAUUUCAAGCUUGAGAUCAAUGAGAAGAACUCCUGGAAGCUCUUCCAAUUUGAUGUUAAGGGAGUGAGCAACAAAACUGAGAUUAUCUCAACUCCAUCUGGCAACUUCAUGGUCAUGACCUUUUUCUUCAACGUGAGCAGGCGCUUUGGCUAUGUUGCCGUUCAAAACUAUGUCCCUUCUUCUGUGACCACGAUGCUCUCCUGGGUUUCCUUUUGGAUCAAGAAGGAGUCUGCUCCAGCUAGGACCUCCUUAGGGAUCACCUCUGUUCUCACCAUGACCACUCUGGGCACCUUUUCUCGUAAGAAUUUCCCACGUGUCUCCUACAUCACGGCCUUGGAUUUCUACAUUGCCAUGUGCUUCGUUUUCUGCUUCUGUGCUCUGAUGGAGUUUGCUGUGCUCAACUUCCUGACCUACAACCGGACCAAAGCCCAUGCUUCUCCGAAACUCCGCCACCCUCGUAUCGAUAGCCGUGCCCAUGUUCGUACUCGUGCGCGUGCCCGUGCCCGUGCUCGUGCCCGUGCCCGCCAGCAGCAGGAAGUUUUUGUGUGCGAGAUUGUCACCUCUGAGGGAAGUGAUGGAGAAGAGCGCCCGUCUUGCUCAGCUGAGCGGUCCCCUAGCCCAGGUAGCCCUGAGGGCCCCCGCAGCUUCUGUUCCAAGCUGUUUUGCUGUGCGUGGUGCAAGGGUCUUAAGAAGUACUUCUGCAUGGUCCCUGAUUGUGAGGGCAGCACCUGGCAGCAGGGCCGCCUCCGCAUCCACAUCUACCGCCUGGAUGACUACUCGCGAGUUCUUUUCCCGGUGUCCUUCUUCCUCUUCAAUGUGCUCUACUGGCUUGUCUGCCUUAACCUGUAGGUGCCAGCUAGCACCUUGGGGCAGCCUCCCAGUUCCCCAGGAGGUCCCAAGCCCCUUGCCAAGGGAGUUGGGGGAGAGCAGCAGUAGCAGGAGCAAGUAGAGAGUCCUUCCUUCUGCGUUUCCCAGACAUGAGCCUGCAGAGUUGUCUUUGCCGGCCCUCUUCCCUACCUGGUCCAUUUCCAGAUUAGCCUUGGCAGCCCACCGCAAGUAAGAUGGCUACCUCUGUAGUCUUCAGGGGCAUCCACAAUGCUCAGCACUAUCGCUCAUAGACUCUCAGUGAUCGGCUCCUUAAAAGUGUGCCCAAGUACAAGUAGAAAUGCUAUCCCCCAACAGUACUGACAACCACUGCCUUUUUCCAGAUAACCAUUGUUGCCUUUGUGGUGCUCCAGGCCCAACUCUGGCCUUAGCCUCAAAGUGCACAGACCAAGUGCUUGCCUGUUCCUGACACCUACCUAAGGUGCUGGGUAGUAGUGUAACAGGGGGAGAGGAACCCCAUUCAUAAAUCAGAUUAUUAUAUUAUUGGUUUUCUCUCCCUGCCCCCCCCCCUUCCUCUGCAGAUAGACAGACACUGGCAUUAUCCCUUUAGGAGGAGGGGAGCUAGCAAGUGAGCCUAUUGGGACAGUAUCUCUCCUUCUGCUGCUGUGACACCUCCCUCUCCCCCUCUGCCUCCAUCUUUCAUCCGCACUGCCAACUCAAUGCCCUGCAUCCAGUGGGUAUCUGUUUUCGUGUGUGAUGAUAGUAAUUCCCCCUUGCUUUAUAUGCUACCUCCUUCCUCCUCCUUGACCCCUGUGACUUUUUCUGUAACUUCCCCAGUGACUUUCCCAGCCCUGACCCAGGUGCUAGGCCUUGGUGACUUCCUAGGGCCAAGAUACUAAGGAAACUGUUUUGGAGCGGGCAUUCCCCGCCAUUGAUUGGUGUCAAUCUAAGGCACAGCAUGGGAGCUUCCUUGGCCCUUGGACCCAUGAGCCAGUCCACUCUUGUCCCCGGGGCACUCUCACAAUCACAAUCAAUCAAUUGAAUUCCCUUAAAUUUGUAUGGCACUUUACCUUUGGCUAAGCACUUUGGACAAAUUAUUUCUAUUUGGAGCCUCAUUAUAGCCCUGUGACAUCUUCGGGGCAGGAUUCUUAUCCCCACUGUGCAGAUGGGAACCCCGAGGCACAGAUUUCUGUGGGACUGUGAAUCUCAUUGGAAGCUACCCAGGAGCCCACUGUCGUCUUCUAAAGACCACAUGACAGGGCUGGGCAGCUCAGUUCACCAUGAUUCGAUCCUAUCACCUCUGCUGGUACCCCAGUGGUGGUGCCCAGAAUGCAGCCUCUCUUUAGCACUGGCCUAUUCAAUUUCUGGGCCUGAGGUGCUCAGACUGCCCCUAAGAUCAAAUCUCUCCUGGCUCUGGUAACCCAGUGAGAUGAAUUAGAACACGCCCCAUUGCUUAUAUAUGCUGAAUGAAAUCUGUGUCUGUAUUUUAUUGGGGGGUGGGUAGGGUGGGGAUCCAUCUGCUUUUUGUCACCAUCAUCUGAAAGGGGAACUAUACAAAUAAAUAUAUCAGCAAAGCA